GAUCUGGUAGUCAUCCCCUUCUGUCUGCUGAGAAGAGUCCACCUGUAAGAAACUUCUUUUGAGGGGUGGGACCCCACCGGCGCUGUCACGAGAAGAGGCGGUCCGUGCACUGGCUUGGAAAAGGAUUGGAAAAGUAAAGCCCGUCUCCUUCGCUGAUUGGGGGCCCGGAGGGGAGGGCGGGAGGAUUGCGCUCGCGAGCCUUUGUGUUUCACUUCUAAUAUCUCACAUAUCAAUAAUUGAGCGCGCGAGUAGACGGACCCCACGCGCUAUGUAUUCUACUGCGCGCGAGCUCUGUAAGGGCCUUGUUCCGCUUAAAGUCGGCUCUUCCAUUUACGGACUGAGACGGGAACGAGAGGGAAAACUCUUGUAGUUUUAACUUGAACUGUUUGGAAGGACUUCGUUUUACAUUGAGGACAGGUUUGGGAUUUGAGCGCGCUGUUGUCUGUGGGAGAAGACUGCUGUUAGGUGCGGAGUGAAGUUGGCAUGAUGCUGACGUUGGUGCUAGGCGCAGUGUGGUUCUUGUGUCAUGUAUACGCACAGAACGAGACCGAACCCAUCGUACUGGAGGGGAAAUGCUUGGUCGUGUGCGACUCAAAUCCCACUUCUGAUCCCACUGGGACGGCUCUUGGGAUAUCGGUGCGCUCGGGAAGCGCCAAAGUGGCUUUUUCCGUGGUGAGGAACACGAACCACGAGCCGUCGGAGAUGAGCAAUCGAACAAUGGUGAUCUACUUUGAUCAGGUACUUGUGAACGUUGGUAGAAGUUUCGAUGAGGAAAGGAGCAAUUUCUUCGCCCCGCGCAAAGGGAUAUAUAGUUUUAAUUUCCACGUAGUGAAAGUGUAUAAUCGUCAAACGAUCCAGGUGAGCCUGAUGCACAAUGGCUGGCCAGUGAUCUCCGCCUUCGCCGGUGAUCAGGACGUCACACGCGAAGCGGCCAGUAAUGGUGUUCUGAUUCAAAUGGAGAAAGGUGACCGUGCCUACCUCAAGCUGGAGCGAGGCAACCUGAUGGGCGGCUGGAAGUACUCCACCUUCUCUGGCUUUCUGGUCUUCCCUCUGUAGAGGGGCAAGCCACAGAGGGACUAUUGCUCUUUAGCUUGACAGCUUGUGGGGGACAGGAGGGAUAUGAAGGCAGAUGAGAGAUAGAAUGAUAGUGAGAAUGUAAAGAAAACAUAUAGGAAGACAACAUUUAGUGUGGCAGGCUCUCAGUCGCACUUACUUUGCUCUGCUGCUUGACUACAGUUCUGGACAGCCAAAACUUUUUUUAUUAUCCUUAUGAUAAUUGAAAUAAUAUGGAAAGAAAGCACACCGUGGAUCGUAGCCCUUCCCACCUCCCUCUUACUCAUCCCAUCAAAGUCCACCCUCUUCAUCUUGUCUUCAUCUGCUUUAAGGAUUCCCCUUCAAUAGUCCAGACCCCCAUUUCACACAGGUCACAUCCUUGUAUAUUCUCUCCAUACGUACAUACUGUGUCAAAUGUCAUUGUCAUUCCACUCAGUCCAGUCGCCCCUUCUUUUCUAGCUUCCUCCAGCUCACCCUUUCUUGUCUCUGAGAGGGUGUCUUUGCUCUGUCAUGACUGAAGGAUCUCUGAAUCUCCACAAAAAGACUGCAUACUGGGUAUAUACAUAUAUAAAUAAAUAAAAAAAGUUUCUAUAUGAUUAUGAUAUACUCAAUGCCUAAUUGAAUCUGGUCGACUCUGUAUUUCUGUAUUUCAGUGUUAAAACUUAGUGAUUGUGAGUGGAUUUUCAGGCUGCUGUCCAACUACAAAUGCUUCUUGUUUUUGUUUUCGGUCAAAAAAUGUGGCUAAGAUGAACUAUAUCAGAAAUACUAUAAAGUAAAAUGUUUUACUAUCAUUGAUUGUAAGAUAUAUGUGAAUAUUUAACAGAGAAAAUCCUCCCUUUUAAUCAAUUAACAUCAAUUGUUUUUUUUUCCUUUGGUUCAAUAAAAAUUAAAUGGUACUUUCUUAAUCUGA